AUGUUUGCCUCCUUGGCCUCCUCUAUAGGUUCUUCUUCUGGAAUCAGAGCGUCUGAGCUCUCAAGCAACUCGGCCAACUCCCCAGAUUGGCUCAUGGACAUCACGAUAUCGCAUCCUCCAACAAACUCAUUGUCCACAUACAACUGUGGGAUCGUUGGCCAUUGUGAAUAUUCUUUAAUUCCGUUUCUGAGUUCUGGGUCCUCCAGAACGUUGUAUGCGGCAAACUUCAUAGGAUCAACACCUUGUUGGCCCAGGACCUGGAUGGUGGCUCUGGAGAAUCCACACUGUGGGGCUUCUGGAGUACCCUUCAUGAACAGAACAACUUUCGCAGAGUGGACUGCCUGGUCGAUGGCAUUUUUGGUCUCUUCAGAUAAGAAUCUGGCCAGUAGUGGCUUUUUCCAGGCCGUAGCCAAGGCUGGACGGGUCUGGGGAAACUUCGUUAGUAAGCCAGACAAGCUAUUGGUUGGUUUUGGGUUCCAAGCUGUGGACAACCAAACCCCGCUCUGA